GCAUACAUAUCUUUGAACCAUAGAACCUACCUUAUCUUUCAUUCACCUACCGUGUAGCUAGCUAAUUCAGCGUCUUUAUAUAUUAAUCAUUGUAAGUGCUAACUGAACAAUCUGUGUUGAAAGAAAAUGGGUGUUUUGGAUGAGAAUCUUCCUGCACUGGCUAUGAUGGGGUUGCAGUUUCAUUAUGCAGCGCUUGCAAUUUUCACCAGAGCUGCUCUGUUAGAAGGUUUGAGUCCAACCGUCUUUGUUGUUUAUAGACAAGCCAUUGCUACCUUAGCUUUGGCUCCUAUGGUCUUCUCCCCUAAGCGGAUACAAUCUUUCAAAACUUCACUGAGAUCACCAAAGAGCUUCUUCUUGAUGUUUGCUACCUCUCUUGUUGGAGUAACAGCUAAUCAGAAUGCAUAUUUUCAAGGUCUAUUCUAUGCUUCUUCUACAGCAGCAACUGCAAUGAGUAAUCUCAUACCUGCUUUAACUUUUGUCAUAGCAACAAUUGUUGGAUUUGAGAAAAUUGAUCUGAAAAGCAUGAGAAGUAGUGCAAAAAUAAUAGGAACAGUUUGCUGCGUGAGUGGAGCAUUAACCAUGGCUCUGGUGAAAGGACAUAAGCUCUUAAACAUGGACUACUUUCCUCAUAAUGCUGCCAAACACAUCCUCACUGCUGCUGAUGAUGACACGUGGCUUCUUGGCUGCCUAUUGCUCUUAGCAAGUAGUGUUUUCUGGUCUUCUUGGAUUAUCAUGCAGGUACCAAUUUCUUCAAGCUGCCCAGACCAUUUGUUAUCAACCUUCUGGAUGUGUUUAUUUGCUGCGGUUCAAUCAGCCAUAUUUGCACUAGUCUAUGAACAUGAUCUAAGACCAUGGAGUUUGCAUUCUGGCCUAGAAUUUUCAUGCUGCCUAUAUGCUGGAAUUGGAAUAGCUGUUAGCUUCUUGGUUCAAACAUGGUGUAUAUCAGAAAGAGGUCCUCUGUACUGUGCAAUGUUCAACCCUCUAGCAACAGUCAUCACAGCUUUCAUUUCUACUACAUUCUUACAGGAACAGCUUUAUGUUGGAAGCUUGAUAGGAGCAAUUGGAGUGAUUGUUGGUUUAUAUAUUGUGUUAUGGGGCAAAGCCAAGGAGUAUGAAGGGGUGAAGAAGCAGAAGACACCAGAUUCAAGUUUGGAGGAAGGUGAUGAUGAUAAUGUAAUAACAAGAAGUUGUAGUAGUAAGAUAGAUCUGGAAGAACCACUUCUGUCAGAUAAAUCAGAAAGCAAGAUAGAACCGUGAUUAUGAUACAAGAUUAAUCCAGUAACAGUUUUGAA